AUGGAGAAGCAGCAAGAAGCAGCAGCAGCAGAAGAUGCGCUUAAAGACAAAGCUAAAGAAUUGCUUACGCUCGCCAGACUUACAGGAACACUCAGCACUCAUACACCCGGUGCAUGCACCAAAUGCAAUCAAGUGGGUCAUUUGUCUUUUCAAUGCCGAAACGACAUUCGGCUGGUGGAUCCGCAGAAAACGGAGACCCUCAACAGAACUCUCAAGAUGAAAGAAGAAGAAGAAGACGAUGAGCGUUUGCGUCGCGCCUUGGGGAUCGGCAGCGAUGAUGAGGGCCCACCGCCUCUGGGGGUACGGAGGAAGCGCAGCAGAAGCAGCAGCAGCAGCAGCAGCAGCAGCAGCAGCAGCAGCGAUGACGAGCGGCGGAAGAAGAAGAAGAAGAAAUCGAAGAAGCAAAAGAAAGACAAGAAGAAUAAACACAAAAAGUCUCACAAGAAGAAGCGCAGCCAUUGA